UCGCUCCGUAUUUAAAGGCAUUGUUGUAUGCAGUUUUAGUCUGUCUCUUCACCGCUCUCAACCUCGUAGAGCAUCAUCUGCACGGAAUCAACUAUGGCGACUCUGUCAGCUUCCCUGGUUCUGUUGUCGUGUGUUCUAGCUCUUGCCACAGCAAUGCCAGGCACACAGACGUACCCACUCAAGGACUGCUGGUUUGGAGACUGCACUGUCACUAUUGGUGGCACGGGUUCAAAUACAGGAACGAUCAAUGGCGUCCGAUACGGUCAAACUGGCCAGCCAGGGUCCGGGUCAUGGGACACCAGCAGAGGAAGCAAUUUCGGCGUUGGGAGUGGAGCGAAUCGUAAUCAGGGGCAGCACGGUGUCCGACCUGGCCAGGAAUGUUCGUUUGGAAGGUGCAGCGUUAACAUUCCCGGAGAUAACACCGAGGACAUAUACCUCAGAUGAAACGUUCUGAAUAUUUCUGAUCUAGUCUCGGAUCUAGUGCACUUUUUUUGUUUAAUUUGUCUGCCUCUGUCCACCGUUACGAUUGGUAGUCGUAUUACAUAGCUUAUUUCAUAGGUCAGGCUAGUAUUCUUUGAUAUCUUUGAACUGUUUAACGUUGGUCUUCAUUAAAAAGAAUAAAUUGAUAAAUUAAUGUUA